UUUUCUUUUCAUUAAAAUGAUGGGUCAUCGGAGAAGCAUCGAAGUUGGCACAUACACAGAAAACAUCUAAUUACAGUCUGCUUUAUAAAAUACAGCCCUUGAAUGAUCCCAGGUAUAACGAAAACCACGACUCACUUUAUUAAACACUUCCUGGUAGCAUGUUCCAUAUGUAAAUGUUUAUGUUUGGAAGUUUACACGACAUGAUGGGUGCCUGGAGACAGUGUAAAUUAUGUCCGUGGCGUCGGGCACUCCAUGUGUACAUGUUAUACACGACAUACAUAGUUACCUGGUCUGCGACAGGCCGCGCUACUGUGAUAUCACCGACAUCAUCCGAACCCAACUACACUGCUGCAAGUUCUACAUGGAGAGAAAACCCAAAGUUCACUUGUAAACCAUCCUGUAACAUACUCAAUGUAACAGGUAUGCAACAACAGGCGUGUAGGAGACAAAAUAGCUACAUUGGAUUUUUUUCUUGCAGAAAUGAUUCAAGAUGUAGAUUCAAAUGCAGCAGCGAAAAUUUCAACACAACUGUUUCGCUAAAUAUGACUGCAGUUUGUGAUACUGAUGCUGGCCAGGAGGACAAUUCAUUGACGUGUUACCGGGUUAACCGCCAGUCACUUCAAUUUGAGAAACCUGAUUAUUUGACCUGGUCAGAUUUUUGUUCAAAAAUGCAAUUUGAUGUCACAUGCUAUCUUGUAACCACCACCACGUGUUCUUCCGCCGACCAAUGCUGUCGUUAUUCGAUACGGAAUUGUACAAUGUUUAUAACUACCACGACAACUGAAAGAACAACAACGCCUACCACGACAACUGAAAGAACAACAACGCCUACCACGUCGACAACAAGAUCAACAAUAGAUAGCAUUUUAGAGAAAGGUACAUCAACGCCUAAAACGUCAACAACUGGAAUCAAUAGCCCGGGCGUAUUUACUUCCUCUGCCUCUACACAAACAGUUACUGAAGGAAGGUCUACAGCCAGUCAAACAGACUCUGACCAUGUACCAACCAUCACUGCUGUUGUGUCCUUGUUGGUUCUCUCGAUUGUCGUAAUCAGUAUCAUUGUUAUUAUUGUUCUCCGUCGGAAUAGAAGAAGAAAGCCAGCAGAAAAUCCAGAGUUUGUUAUCAAUAACACUGCUUAUGGAGACGUUACACUACAUCCCAAGACACAUCCGGGACCAGACAAUCCUCAGAGUUCGAGGGGAGUUCCUGCCAAACCGGCCGCCGACGAGGAGCAUACCUAUUGUUACGCUUCUUUUGAUGACAGGAAACAAACUGUUAACACUGAAAGUCAAUACCCCAAUGUGCAGGAUCAUAUUAACGCUACGACGUCGCCCGACGGUAGCUACUUUGUUUUGGAUAAGGGUAGCCCGAAACAUGGAUACAACUAUAAAAAGGAACAAGCUAUUGUGAUGGAACAUUUGGUCGAAAAGGAGACAGGUCACAUGAAGAACAAACUGGACAAUCCCAGUAACUAUUUUGUUUUAGAGAAGCCAAACUCCAUCUACGACACUAAGCGACAGGACACGGAUGAGACUGCGAACUACUUUGUACUAGAGACGACACCAGACGAACAUGAACCUGGUGUAAAACGAAACCACGAAGAAGAAAUAACAGAAACAGACGACACUCGUUCAGGAAAAGUAGACGACAAUUACUUUUUAGUUGACAAAUCCGAUGUUGGAACAACCGCAGAUGACAGAGAGACUUCUAAUGUAUCUUCAAAUCACUCAACAAUUGAAAAUCAAGACCACACUAGCAAUGAUAACUAUUUCGUUCUAGAUAAAAUCACAGAUGAUUCAAAAGUUGUAAAACACAUGGAGACUCACUGUGGUAAUGGAUUGCAAAACAGUGACAAUACGGAGACUUGCGCGAAACCUAGAGCCAACGGCACGCCCACCACGACUGAUGAUCCCUACGACCACGUGAGGAUAGGACACGCCCACACAAAUGGGUUUGAUGACGGAGUUUAUGACGAAUUAAGAAAACAACAUGUCCGGUACGAAGCUGAUGAAGUAGAAAAUGACUACGACCAUUGUUAGACAAAUAGACAUUAGCUUUAAUCACUGUAAGUGCUGUAUAGAAUGAUUACCAUUGUUGAUGAAGUAGAAAAUGACUACGACCAUUGUUAGACAAAUAGACGUUGGCUUUAUUCACUGUAAAUGUUGUAUAGAAUGAUAACCAUUGUUGAUGCAGUAGAAAAUGACUGUUUGUCACUGUUUGUAAAGGAGUCUACAAUCAUUUAAGGGAUGUAGAGGAACAUUAAUCAGCAUUCACAGUCAUUUUGUAUGUCAAAAUAGUAAAUACAUGAGGACACCUAUAAAAUGUAUUAUUAUUUUUUCAUAUUAUUCCCAACAAGUGAUUGGCC